ACACAAGUUUUGAGCUCAUAGACAGUGAGCUGUGCACAGUGCAGACAGGAGGGAGAGUCUGAGCGCAGCGGGCUAAGCACUGCUCUCUGCCGGGGGAUCUUACAGCCCACCAGCCUAUUUCGGAGAACAUUGCCUGAUUAAAUUUCCUGAACAAACGGGACAGGUGUGGACACUUUUGCAACUAUGCCUUGUUAUUUUUGGAGACGCUGCGCAGUGAGUCAGAUGGACCCGCUCUCACUGGACUCGCUGUGACUCCAAACGGCAGACGCGCGCUUAUCGUAAUAUAGCAAAGUGGAACAGGUAUCUCUGAGGAGAAGAGAGGGACGCUGUGCCGUUGGAGGAUUUUAUUGCUAAAGUAAACAAACAGCUGGAGGACUAUACCGUAAAGAGGACCGAAUUACCACAGAGCGAGCGGGAGACUUGUUCGGAGGAGACGAGAACCGAGCCAUGGAGGUGGCAGCGGCGGACCAGUCUCGGUGGAUGGCGCACCAUCACGCAGUGCUGAACGGUCAGCACCCGGACUCCCACCACCACAGUCUGAGCCACAACUACAUGGAGCCGAUGGCGCCUUUGCUGCCCCAGGACGAGGUUGACAUGUUUCUGAACCACUUGGACUCUCAAGGGAAUCCUUACUACACCAACUCCCGGGCGAGGGUCACAUACAGUCAGGCCCACGCUCGCCUCACUGGGAACCAGGUUUGCCGGCCACACCUCAUCCACAGUCCCGGCAUCCCCUGGCUGGACCCCGGGAAAGCCGCCCUGUCCGCCGCGCACCACCACAACGCAUGGGCGGUCAGCCACUUUAGCAAACCGGGCCUCCACCACGCCGGCUCCGGCUACCCGUGCAGCAGCAGCGCCGGCACGGCCUCCGUGUCCUCGCUCACCCCGGCGUCCCACUCCAGCCCGCACCUCUACAGCUUCCCCCCGACCCCGCCGAAAGACGUGUCCCCCGACCCGGGCCCCACCUCGCCGACCUCCACCUCCGCCAGGAUGGACGAGAAGGACUCGAUCAAGUACCAGGUGCCGUUGACGGACGGCAUGAAGAUGGAGAGCUGCAGCCCGCUCCGCGGCGGCCUGGCCUCCAUGAACGGCCAGGCGGCGGCCACGCAUCACCCCAUCCCGACCUACCCGGCCUACUCCCUCCCCACGCCCCACGAAUACAGCGGCAGCCUCUUCCACCCCGGCAGCCUGCUCGGCGGGUCCUCCUCCAGCUUUACGCCGAAAUGCAAAAGCAAAGCCAGGUCGAGCUCAGAACUAUAUGCAGAGGGCCGAGAGUGCGUGAACUGCGGCGCCACGUCCACUCCCCUGUGGCGGCGGGACGGCACCGGCCACUACCUGUGCAACGCCUGCGGACUGUACCACAAGAUGAACGGCCAGAACCGUCCGCUCAUCAAGCCCAAGCGGAGACUGUCCGCCGCUAGACGUGCAGGCACCUGCUGUGCAAACUGCCAGACAACCACCACCACCCUGUGGAGGCGCAACGGGAACGGAGACCCGGUGUGUAAUGCCUGUGGCCUCUACUUUAAAUUACACAACGUCAACAGACCCUUGACCAUGAAGAAGGAAGGCAUCCAGACGCGCAACCGCAAGAUGUCCAGCAAGUCCAAGAGGAACAAGCGGGCGGGGGACGGCUUUGACGAGCUCUCCAAGUGCAUGCAGGACAAGGCCUCGCCCUUUGGCGCCGGGCCCGGCCUCACCAGCCACAUGGCCCACAUGGGUCACCUCCCCCCCUUCAGCCACUCGGGACACAUGCUGCCCACUCCCACGCCCAUUCACCCGUCGUUUGGCCACCCGCACCACUCCAAUCGGUCGCCGGUCUGGGCUGAGCCUCACUGAAGGCCCCUGUAGGACACAGGAACCACAGGAACACUAAAACGGCAGACCUGUGUCCUGUACGGUGGUUGGUCCGAGCGGGAGCGACCUUCAGUCAGACUGAAUAACCGAGAGGGUCGCGUCACGCCACGGCCUCGCUGAGGGAACGUCGUGGACUUUUGCAGACUCUGUGAAGAGCUAACGUAAUGAGGGGGGUUUGUCCGUCCCCCCCCGUCCCCCCGCCCCCCUCUCUGGGUGAGCGGGGGCUGGCGGGAGCAGAGUGAAUGGAGAAGCUUGUCAUUCUUUUUUUUUUGCUUAUUUUUACUAAGUCACUUUGGUACCCACCUCUCCAUGACCCUGUAACGGGAGACUCCAGAGAGGGCCUGAAAAGAAUUGCUGUUUCUCACCUCAUGAUCGUAUCGUCGUACUCCGAGGCACGCGCACCCCCGUCCAUCGCCGCACUGCUGUCCAGAACUGCCGCCCGACGCCCAGACGAACCCCUCGGUGCUGGAAGCUUCUCUUACGGGCAAAACCGCUGCGAGGCACCAGCGAACCAGUGCUCUCCUCCGAUGCUGGAUUGUGCACCACAACGCUCACCUGUUUUUUCAUGACUGUUUUAUGGAAAAAAAAAC